AUGGUAGAGUUUUGUUCUUUCUUUCCUUUUAAUGCUGUUGGUGUUCCAAAAGUUCCUUCCGAAGUAUCCUCAACCCGAGCAGAAAUGCAAGGUGUCUGGAAACUUGCUGCCAACCGGCUAUCAGCCGCCAAAAUUCUUGCUUUUGAUGUAGAUAUAUUUCAAACACACCAUUUUGCCACAGGCAACGAGAGUAGAAGCGCUAUGUUGACGACUGAAGCUGCAGAUAAGAUGAAUGCGACUGCUUUUGGGACUAAUAGUUCAUCUUACUUGUCUUCCAAUCCAAUUAUGGAGACUGGCGGAGUAAACGAGUUUCAAAUUGAGGGUUCAGUUGAUCCAAAUAACUCUCUUCCACUUCACAGUAUGGAAGCAACUCAAAAUGAACAGAUAUGUAAUGAAACAACUGAUAUCCCUAUGUUUACUGAAGAGGAUGUCCGGGGUAGUGAUAAGAAUCCAGAGGUAAGGGCCUUUAAUGCAGUUGGUGGUAGUACGGAGCAUCCUCCGUCUCUUGAAGAGCAACAAAAUGAGGACACUGCUGGUGAUACUUCAGUUGAAGAUGGUCAUAAUUGGAUUAAAUAUGGGGAAAAUCAAGUUAAAGGAAGCGAGUAUCCUCGGGGUUUUUAUAAGUGCACACAUCCAAAUUGUCUUGUCAAGAAGGAAAUAGCGCGAUAUCAUCAAGGUCAUGUCACGGAAGUUAUAUACAAUGGGGCUCACAAUCACCCAAAACCACAGCCAAAUCAGAUAUCAACCCUCGGAUCUUCAAGUUCAUUUGGUGACAUCCAACUAGACAAUGUGGAUCCAACUGGAACAGGUGUUAACAGUGAUCUGGCUUUGGAAACCGUCCAACAAGGACCUACUGCUGGAGGCCUCAAGCGGAAGAACGACAAUAUUGAAGCAAUAUCAUUCGCAGCUUUGCACUCUGAAUACUGCAGGGGAGCUGCUACUUUACAUUCAAAUGAUGCUCAGCUGGGAUCAGCCGAUGCAGUUGACAUAGCAUCUAUUUUUUCAACUGAAGGAGAUGAUCAUGGUACUCGUGGAAGUGCACCUCUAGAUUGUGAUGAUGGAGGAGAUAACCCCGAGUCUAAAAUAAGGAAGAUAGAAGCGGAUGCAACAGAUACGAGCAGCGUCAGCAGAUCAAUGAAGCAGCCAAGAGUUGUGGUACAAACUAUCAGUGAGCUAGACGUCAUUGAAGAUGGAUAUCGCUGGCGCAAGUAUGGGCAAAAGUUGGUUAAAGGCAAUCCAAAUCCUAGGAGUUACUACAAGUGCACAAACUCCGGAUGCAGUGUCAGGAAACAUGUCGAGAGGUCCCCAUUCGAUCAGAUGUCCGUUAUCACAAGUUAUGAUGGGAAGCACAACCAUGACGCUCCAGAAGAACGCAGCAGUAUCCAAGUUAGCUCAAUUGCUUCAAUCUAUCGCUCCAAUCCGAUAACUACUAAUGCUCAAGACAAGGUAGGUAGGCCUGAGCCUAAACAACUUCAGAAGACCAGCAGGCGUUAUGGAAGGGGUCCCCCAUUUGGUUCUACCUCAGGCUUUAACAGUUCCGAAACUAACCAGCAGCAAGGUCUAACCGGUCCUUCUAUGACCGGAUUCAACUCUGAUCAGCACCAGUUUUCGGUCCCUGCCUAUCCAUAUCCAGGAUGGGCACAACCUGUUAACGAUGCUGGUUUCGUGCUUCCAGAAGGAGAACCAAUGCCAAAUCCUAACAUGAACUACUCCAAUGCCUCAUCAACUUAUCAGCAAACUAUGAAUGGAUUGCCUCCUGGACCUCAGAUGUGA